AAGCACACGGAGAAACGGUGUGUUAAACAGGAAGUGGUGAUUUAGUAAACAUGAGUGUUGUGCUGCUCUCGUUGGUGAAGCAGCGACUCACUGCGGCUGCUGAAGACAUCUUUGUUCUGUUUGAAAGAACGAUAGCAGAGUACGAGGAGGAACUGUCUCGUUCAAAACAGGAGAACGAGAGACACCGGAAACUACUGGACGCUGUUUUACAGCCUCAGCUUCAGAUCCACAGAGCAGACGUCCAGCAGCUGGUGGUGGUUAAAGAAGAGGUUCCCCCUGAGCAGCACGAGUGGAGCUCCAGUCUGGACCAGGAGGACCCAGAGCCCCCCCCACACAUUAAAGAGGAACAGGAGGAACUCUGGAUCAGUCAGGAGGGAGAGCAGCUUCAAGGGCUGGAGGAGGCUGAUAUCACCAAGUCCACAUUCACUCCUGUCCCUGUGAAGAGUGAAGAUGAUGAAGAGAAACCUCAGUCCUCUCAGCUUCAUCAAAGACAAACUGAACACCUGGAAACAGAAGCUGAUGGAGAGGACUGUGGAGGACCAGAACCAGCCAGGAACUCAGAUCCAGAGAGACAUUUACAACCUGAGACUGAGGACAACCCUGGAGACUCUUCUGAAGACACUGAAGACAGUGCUGAUUGGAAGGAGACCAGAGAACCAGGAUCAAACUCUCAAGAAAAUAAAGAAGACCCUGUCAGUGAUUCAAGAUGUAGUGCAGGAGAGAAACGAUUCAGCUGCUCAGUCUGUGAGAAAACAUUUGCACAGAAAGGAUCUUUACAUCGACACAUGAGAAACCACACAGGAAAGAAACCAUUCAGCUGCUCAGUCUGUGAGAAAUCUUUUAAACAAACAGGACAAUUAAAUGAACACACGAAAAUCCAUACAGGAGAGAAACCAUUCAGCUGCUCAGUCUGUGAGAGAUAUUUUACAGUUAGGGGAAGUUUAAAGUGCCACAUGAGAAUACACACAGGAGAGAAACCAUUCAGCUGCUCAGUCUGUAAUAAAUCUUUUACACAAAGGGGAAGUUUAAAGUACCACAUGAGAAACCACACAGGAGAGAAACCAUUCAGCUGCUCAGUCUGUGAGAAAACAUUUGCACGGAAAGAAUCUUUACAACUACACAUGAGAAACCACACAGGAGAGAAACCAUUUGGCUGCUCAGUCUGUGAGAAAUAUUUUACACAUAGGGGAAGUUUAAAGUGCCACAUGAGAAUACACACAGGAGAGAAACCAUUCAGCUGCUCAGUCUGUAAGAAAUCUUUUACACAUAGGGGAAGUUUAAAGUACCACAUGAGAAACCACACAGGAGAGAAACCAUUCAGCUGCUCAGUCUGUGAGAAAUAUUUUACACAAAAGAGACAUUUAAGGACACACAGAAGAAUCCACACAGGAGAGAAACCAUACAGAUGCAGUGUCUGUGACAAAAGAUUCACCUGGAGUUGUCAGGUCAAAAUCCAUAAGUGUGUUGGUCGUCAGUCCUCACAGCUUCAUCAAACUCAAACUGAGGAGAACAGAGAGGCAGAGCCUCCAGCCAGCAAUUACAAUCAGCUCAUUUGGAGUUCAGAGUUCAAAUGGAAUUUUAGGAUUAUUCCUGCUUUUUGA